AUGUUCGGCUGUUGUGUCGCAGGCCGUCUGCUUCAGACAAAUCUCAUCCAGGUGGACGAGACCCAUGCUUACUUUGAACUGCCAAACGCAAGCACUAUCAAUCAUGUGUGUGUCUUUCUCUUAGGCACAGUACCUUUCCCUGACGGUUUCGGGGCGGCGGUACAUUUUUUCUGGCCAGGAAAGGGGUUCCAAUUGCUGGGAGUGCUAUCAAACGAAAAGCCAUCUGCUAUAUUUCGUUUGAAAGGCACCUAUUCUGGACCGAGUUCCUCGACCGCGCAAAAUAAAUUCUCUUCCUACUCCUCUGUAGGACCGGACAUGCAGCAGGACGUGACUGCGAUUCUGGGGCUGUCGAUCGAGCCUAUCUCUACCAUCCAACAACAGCUGGAACAACUACCAUCGGCCCUCGCCUCGACUAAUGCCAGUCCCGCAAAAGACCCUACCAUGCUGGCGGAACGUAUUGUCAAACACCUUUUCAACUAUAUCUCUGGAUUUGUAUCUGGCGGACCCAUGAGUCCCGAUGUCGCCAUUCCAAUGAGCGUGAUACAACGGUGGUACGAAAUGUUCAUCAGCAAAGUACGCGCAGGUGGUGUGGGCUUCCUUGAAAGAGGAGACUGA